AUGCCGGCCUACAACUCCAUGUUCAACGCCGACCCAGACGUCCCCCGUCUAAUCGGCAACGUGCCUCUCCUGCCCCUCCGCACCAAGACGCGCGGGCCCGCCUACACGCUGCCCGCGCCCUCAAUGCCCCUACCCCCCAACGAGUCGCCGGACCCAGACUCAGAGUCGUACGACAUCCUGGACGAAGUCCUCUCCCUGUUCAGAGCCAACACGUUCUUCCGCAACUUCGAGAUCCAGGGCCCCGCCGACCGCCUGCUGAUCUACGGCAUCCUGUUCGUCAGCGAAGUGCUGGGCAAGAUCCGCCCGCACCACGGCGUGCGCGACGCCCAGAAGGAGGUGCUGAAUGUGGCGCUGGAUAACAACUUUAGUAUCCCUGGCGACCCGGGGUUUCCGUUGAAUCAGAUGUACGAGGCCCCGCGCGACAGACAAGACGCCGAGCAACUGCGCCAGUACCUAUCGCAGGUGCGACAAGAGCUCGCGAGCCGGUUACUAGCGAGGGUCUACGAGGAAGGCGGCGACGGGAAGCCGAGCAAGUGGUGGUUGAGUUUCACAAAGAGGAAGUUCAUGGGCAAGGCAUUGUAG